GUACUUGUAUACUGGAGAGCAACAGGGCAGACCGGUUGAGACCUUGAACAACCUGGGUUCCAUCCUGCUCUGAUGUGGACUAGCUGGGCCAUGACAGGAAUGUCGACCUUCAGCCACUUAGACUGAAAACCCGGGAGCCGUCACCAUUGCCCCCACAUCCCACAGUGCGCUCCCUGGUGAUCCUGUUGUCUGCCUGUGCCACGAGUCCUCAGCUGGCUGCCUUGAACCCUCACCCUCUGCUGCUGCCCCCUCACCUGAGACACCAGCAGAUCUGCCUGGAUUCCUGCCAUGGCCUCUACUCUGGCCCUGGGCCUGUCUCCAAUCAACAGUCAGGUGGUCCUGCUGGACCCCGAGUCAGACCAGCCAUUCCUCUGCUCCCAGCUCCCGGCUGCACUUGUGACACAGGCCCUGUCCCCUCUUCUGCCUGGGGACCGACAGACUUGACAACGGUGACAGCACUGGGGCGGCACCUUCCUACUUCUGCCCAGCCACAGCCCUCCCCUCACAGUUGAGCACCUGUUUGCCUGAAGUUAAUUUCCAGAAGCAGGAGUCCCCAGAGCCGGGCAGGGGGAUGAACCGCGAGGGAGCUCCCGGGAAGAGUCCGGAGGAGAUGUACAUUCAGCAGAAGGUCCGAGUGCUGCUCAUGCUGCGGAAGAUGGGAUCAAACCUGACAGCCAGCGAGGAGGAGUUCCUGCGCACCUAUGCAGGGGUGGUCAACAGCCAGCUCAGCCAGCUGCCUCCGCACUCCAUCGACCAGGGUGCAGAGGACGUGGUGAUGGCGUUUUCCAGGUCGGAGACGGAAGACCGGAGGCAGUAGCUGCAAAGCCCUUGGAACACCCUGGAUGCUGUUGAGGGCCAAGAGAUCUGUGUGGCUCCUGGGCCGGCUGAGUGGCAGCAGACCCCCUUGCCCCACCUCCCCCUUCCCCUGCCCAACCCUGCCCUGCCCCACCCCACCUCACAGCUACUCAGUGGGGCUGGCAUCAAGGGAGACACCAGUGGUGCGUUUAUAAUUGGCUUAAAGGGAUGGACUUGUGAUUGGCUGCAGGAAGAAACUUUUUUAUUUUUUAAAUCUUGACCAACAGAAACCUUUUAUUUUUAUUUCUGACUCUUAUUUUUUAAAAAAUUUGCGCCUCGGUAUCUGGCUUCCCUGGAAGCUCUCCGAGCUCUGGUGCUUUAGUUAGGUCAUUUUUUUAGAAAUGUGAAGAGGUCUGAUUGGCUGCUUAAACUGGAAAGGGACUGUGAUUGGCUGGUUAAUGGGAAACGGUUUUUUUCUUUGAUUGGCUGCAGGUGUUCUGCUGAUAUCAACAGCUUCCCUAUUUUGAAUGCAGAAAACAGGGUCUGGGACAUUAGUCGUUAUAUUUGACUUGAAAAGAAAGAAACCAAGUGCGCUUUGCAAUAUUUAUUACACAAAGAACUUGCUGCUGCCUUCACAUUUGGGGUUUGUGUUUGAUUGGCUUUCGAUGCGUGUGUUUGGUUUCCCAUUGGUUCACCUGUGACUCCUGUUGCCAUGGAUUCACCCCCCUCUGCUGCCGGCUCUGGGCCUGAGGGUCCACCUGGAGAGUACAUUUGCUUUAAUGAGUGCACCUGCCUCCACCAGCAAGGGGACCCCGAGAACCCUGAGCAGGGUCCACAGCUGGAAAGUUGGGCCCCUGAGGAGCUUUGUGUCGUCUUGAACGAGCAGCCCAGGGCCUAGAGGUAACCGUUAGGCGGGAUUUAUAUGCACUGCCUGCAUGAGCUGGCAACCAGCCAGCGUCCCUUGGUGAGAAAGGGAUUGCUGAGGCACCGUCCAGGCCCCACCGGCCAGGCCGCGCCCAGCAGAGGCGUACUACCCAGCUCUGUCCUCUUGGCCAUCCCUCUGUGUACCACUUCCUGAGGCCUCAUUUUGGGGGUCAUCUUGGAAAGGGGAGGAGCUUCUCCCAGUGUGAGACCCCAAAGACUCUGGAGGUCAUCUGGCGGAGGUCUCUAGGAGCCCAGAACCCACAUAAAAGCCCCAGCUUGGCUCACAAGGCCCAGGAGACCUCCAGCUAAACACCAACCCCUGACCUACCCUAGCCAGGCUCCUACCUGUCUGCUGCCAGCACAGUAGGUCCCGGCCAGCUCUGGAGUUCUCUCAUCGGAGGCCCAUGCCCUCCACUCCACUGCCUUUGGAAGGGUCUCUCCAGGUCAGCCUGGAAGGGACAGUAUCGUUUGUUUAUGAAAUGCCACUGGGACAGCUGGCUGGGCCUUCACCAAGCAAGUCCCUUCAGACUGGCCCUUAAGCCAAACUCAGGCCCAGAAUUGCAGUUCAGAAUGGCAGUCCUGGAGGCAGGGGGUGAGGGGCAGGUCUAGUGUUCCUGCACCAAACCUAAGUCCUUCCACCUGCCACCCCCUUCCCUGGGAGGGAGGUGGUCCUCCUAUCUCCCUGGAUCACUGGCAGGUGUGGGAUCUGGGGAGAGGGGUUGGAGAAAGAUGCAGUCCUCAGGAAGGGGGCCGCCACCCUCCCCUAUGCUGGUAGAUGCUGAGGCCCCUAGGUGCCCAGGGCCAGGGGGACCCUCUCAGAACCAAAUCUUUCCCCUUUCUCGGGGCUUGGGGCUCGGGCCGUAGGGGCUCCUGAGUGUCAUGAAGUGCACAGGAGCCAAAUGACCGAGCCCUGGAGAGCCCCAUGGUGGGUAGGUGGUUCGUGCUGUGCUCUGGCACCAUCAGCCUGUUCCAGAAGGAGGAUUCGAGCAUCAGGCUAAGACCCUGUGUCCUCCACCAUGCACUCACCCCUAGCCCUGGUUAGCUGACAGUCAGCUGUGGGGAACACAGCUACAACCCUACCCUGUCAGGGACCUGAGAGCAUCUCAGGAGGGGCAGCGCAUGUGUGCAUGUGCUGUGUGAGUGAGCACACCCGUGUGCACACUCAUACACGUGCACACACACGCACUCUCCCCGCUCAGGGGCCUGGAGUUCUGGCUGAGCCCCUGGGGAAAGGUGAGUUCUUUCAUCUCCCUCCUCCAGGUCGGAGUGCCUGGAGUCAGGUGUCGAGGCCACAUUGCUGGCUGCCCCCUCUUUGUAGCUCCUAUAAAGGGCCCACACCUGGUGGAUACCUGGUUGAGCGUGUGGUCUCUGCCCCAGCCUGUCCUUGUCACGAUCACAGGCCUUGCUUUUGUAACAAUGACGACCCCGGCCUGUCUCAUCUUCUGAAGAGGAAAAGUCAAAGUGUUGCUGUGGCUCCAUAUUUCAACUAAAAAUAUAUCUGUUGGAGAAAGAAAUUAACAAUAAAGAAUUUUCAUAGG